AUGGCCCAUUCCCUCGACAAACCGACAAAGGCCUAUUGCCUGAAGGCGUUGGACGAAGCGGUGUUUGAUAUUUUGAAGAAUCAGACCUAUAGUGAUGCUACCGCCGGCUUCUUGAACGACAAGAUUGUCGCCGCGUUGACACAAAAGUUUAAGGGUACGGUGGUUUUUGACACCAGCCCUUCCAUGCAAAACUCUAGGCUUUUUUGGACUAUGAAGUUGCACUGUGCACAAUCCUAGGCAUUUUUGCACUAUGAAAUUGCACUGUGCAAAAUUCUAGGCUUUUUUACCCUAUGAAAUUGCACAGUGCAAAACUCUAGGCUUUUUUGCACCGUGAAGUUGCACCCUGUAAAAAUUGUAUGAGUCCGCGAUGUUUGUAGUCAAAAAAAACAGUUUUUAUUAAAAAAAGUUAUGUAAAAUUUGCACUGUGCGGAAACGUAAGCUUUUUUGCAUUAAAAAGUUGCACCGUGCCAAAAUUUAGGCUUUUUUUGGAACAGGAGGAGCCUAGAAAAAAUUGAAUAUAGUAAGGGGGACCAAGGCAGAUUUUUUAAAAAAAAUUUUUUUUUAGUUUUCAAAGAAAUGAAUACGAAAACUUACCAUUUCAUAUUUUUUUCACAUACCAAAAAAGGCGGUCAAAAAAUGCCGUGCUCCCUUCUUACCAAAAUAAAAUUUUUCCUAUGCGAACAGCUCACAUAAAGUGCCCACUCCUCCUAGAGCAAUGUGCAGGUCAAACCUUGUCAUUUUUAUAUUACGCUUUUUCAAAAGUGCAGAGACAUUUUCCGGCCUUUUUUGCACCGCACCGUGCAUGUUGUGCGACGAAAUCCAUUUUGCACUGUGCAAAUUCUUUUCGCACGCCCAAAGUUCGCAGCGACACAGCUGAGAAACGCUUACGUCGCAGCAAUAUCCGGUUGCACAGUGCAAAAGGUCAAACGCACCCCAAAAAGGAGGUUUUUGCACGGUGCGGCCAACGACAAAAUGUCUCUGCACUUUUGAAAAAGCGUAAUACGCUAAAAUCCCCAUAAAACCGAUGUAUUUUGCAGAGUUCCCAUUCGCCCGCUACAAGUACGUCUUUCAAGUCAUUUUGACGGAGCCUCGUGGUCAGGGACUGCGGUGAGCUGGAGUACUAAUCUUUAAAAUGAUUUUUCGUUUUUUAGAGCUCACAUUGGAUGUUUUUGGGAUCAAGCAAAUGAUGUGCUGACUAAGUGGCGCUAUAUUAACGUGAGUCAAAGUUUUUAGUUUACUGUGAAAAAUUAGGGUUUUUUGUAUUGAUAUUUACCGAGAAAUACACAAAGAGAACAAGAUAUAUGUUUUUACUUCGUAUUUUAACUUUUUUAUUUUUUGUGCACUGUGCAAAAAUAUAGGCUUUUUUCAAUUACAAAAUUGCACUGUGCGAAAAUCUAGGCUUUUUCAAACUAAGAAAUUGCACUGUGCAAAAACGUAGACCUUAUUUGCGCUAAGAAAUUGCACAGUGCAAAACUGCAGGCCUUUUUUGAAGCUAAGAAACCGCACUAUGCAAAAAUUUUGACCUAUUUACGCUAUAAAAUUGCACUGUGCGAAAAUGUAGGCUGUUUUCAUCUAAGAAAUCGCACUGUGCAAAACUAUAGGCUUUUUUAAAUUACAAAAUUGCACUGUGCAAAACUUUAGGCUUUUCUCAACUAGGAAAUUGCACUGUGCAAAAAAAAAUGUUUUUUUUCAGGACACAAUUUGUUGCGAGAUAAUUGUCUUCGCCAUCCUCACCUAUUCCUGA